AUGGCAGCAACAGAUGGCAAGUUCUUUAUCGAGGAUAAGUUGGGGAUCAAGGCGAAGCACCAUGAAUCGUUUGAGCAGUUGUGGGAGACGAAGUGGAAGAAACCUGCAGAAAUGGGCGUAUAUCCCUUCAUGUUCAGCACUGCCACCGACUUCCAACCCGUCGUCGACCAACUCGUUGCCAAAAACUUCAAAGAACCAUACGACUGGGACGCCUACGCCUCCACCUUCUUCCCCCAAGCCCAGAACCUCGCCUCCAUCGCCGCUGCCGCUGAAGCCAAUGGUGAACGCGAAAAGGCUUCAGAAUACUACCUCCGUUCCAGCGCCGUAUACCGCAUCGCGCGCUUCCCUGCGCCCCGCAGCCCCGUGCAAAAGGAAGCAUGGGAGCUCGGGAAGAAGAUGUGUAUAAAAGGCCUCGGCCUCCUCCCUCACGCCGUCCAAGAAAUCAACAUCCCCCACAUCCACCGCCUCCCCAACGAAGGCCCCAACAUACCCAUCUACCACCUCGUCCCCCCAACCGCCUCCCCAACCUCCCCCUGCCCCACCCUCAUCAUCUUCACCGGCCUCGACGGCUACCGCACCGAACUCUGCGUCUGGAUGUCCUCCUUCCUCAACCUCGGCAUCGCCACCAUCGUCCUCGAAAUCCCAGGCACUGCAGACUGUCCCGCCGACCCCUCAGACCCGACCUCCCCAGACCGCCUCUACUCCAGCCUCUUCGCCUGGACCGCCCACCAACCCCGUCUCGCCCAGGACAAAAUCGCCCUCUGGGCCUUCAGCACAGGCGCCUACUACGGCAUCCGCGUCGCCCACACGCACGCACACCAUCUAGCCGGCGUCGCCGCCCUCGGGGGUGGCGCACACUACAUGUUUUCACCCCGCUGGCUCGACCGCGUCAACGAGCUCGAAUACCCAUUCGACCUUGCCGAGACGCUGGCGCAGAAAUUCGGGUACGCAUCCGUGGCGGCGUUUAAGCGCGAGGCGCAAGCAAAGUUUAGUUUACUGGAGGAUGGCACGUUGGAUCGGAUGGCAUGCGCGCGGUUGCUGCUUGUGAAUGGGACCCUGGAUGAGGUGUUUCCCAUUGAUGAUUAUUUGCUGUGUGUGCAGAGGGGGGCGCCCAAGGAGGUGCGGUUUGUUCAGGGUGGGAUGCACAUGGGUGAGCCGGAGAGCUUUUUUGUGGUCUUGAGGUGGUUGUAUGGUGUGCUUGGGGUCGAGGGUGAUCCGGCGGUGCAGUUGGGGAUGGUGCCGUUUAAGCCCAAGUAUUGA